GGAAAAGAAAGCCACCACACACCCUUUUCCCCUCCUCUCUCUCUCUCUCACCCUUUCUCUCUCUCCCUCUCUCUCUCUCUCUAGGUGUGUUGCAUCCAGCCUAUCUCCUUUCCUCUUCCUCCCCUCUCUCUCUCUCCCUCUCUCUCUCUCUCUCUCUCUUAAUCAAAUGAUAGCUUAGAGAGAGCUCCACUCCUCUCUUUUGCUUCUCUCUCCCCCUACCCUUUACUCCUCCCUUUUCUUUCUCUCCUCCCAAAAAGCUUCAGUUUUUGUGUGUGUGUGUGUGUGUGUGUGUGGGUGUGGGGGUUGUUGUUGCAGAGAGGGAAUGGAGGAAAUUUCCCAGCAGUUUGGAGGUGGUAACAAUCCAUGGGGAUCAUUGAUGUAUGCUUUCUCUUCACACUCCACCACUACUACUACUACUGCUACUGCUACUGCUGCUGCUGCUUCUACUGCAACAACAAACACUGCAGUGGUUGCACCAGCACCACAUCCUCAACUUGCUCCUCCUCCUCACUUGAGUAGUAGUAGUAGUGGAGGCCACCACCUUAUUCCCUUUACUAGUUGUUCUAAUCACCCCUUCCACAACCAUCAUCAUAGCAACAACAACAACAACAACAGUAGCAGUAAUAACAAUAAUCAUAAUAAUCAUAAUCAUAAUCAUCAUCCUCACCUUGAACCCAAACCCAACGAGGAGGGCUCUUCCUCUCAAGUGAUGAUCCCUGCUAAUAAUGGUGAUGUGGAGGCCAUCAAGGCUAAGAUCAUCUCCCACCCCCACUACUCAUCCCUUCUUGCUGCCUACUUAGACUGCCAAAAGGUGGGGGCUCCGCCGGAGGUGGCGGCGCGGCUCUCGGCGCUGGCGCAGGACUUGGAGGCGCGGCAACGCGCCGCGCUGAGCUCUCUCGACGCGCCCACCGAGCCCGAGCUCGACCAGUUCAUGGAGGCGUAUCAUGAGAUGUUGGUGAAGUAUAGGGAGGAGCUAACGAGGCCAUUACAAGAGGCCAUGGAGUUCCUUCGCAGGGUGGAGUCCCAACUCAACUCCCUCUCCCUCUCCAACCGCUCCUCCCUCGGUGGCAUCCUCUCUUCUGAUAAAUGCGGAGCGUGUUCUUCUGAGGAGGACCAGGACGGAAGCGGGGGAGAAACCGAUCUGAGGGAUCUCGACGCGCGCGGCGAAGGCCAGGAGCUGAGGCAGCAUCUGCUGAAGAGGUACAGCGGGUACCUCGGCAGCCUGAAGCAGGAGCUGUCCAAGAAAAAGAAGAAAGGCAAGCUCCCCAAGGACGCACGCCAACAGCUGCUCAACUGGUGGGAACUCCACUACAAAUGGCCCUAUCCCUCGGAGACGCAAAAGGUGGCGUUAGCCGAAUCCACGGGGCUUGAUCUGAAGCAGAUCAACAACUGGUUCAUCAACCAAAGGAAGCGCCACUGGAAGCCGUCCGAUGAGAUGCAGUUCGUCAUGAUGGACGGCUACCACCCGCCGAAUGCUGCUGCCGCUGCCGCCGCCGCUCUCUACAUGGAUGGCCACUUCGUCAACGACGGACUCUACCGCUUCGGGCCUUAAACUAGUUAGUGAAUAAUAAUGAAGUACGUACGGUCGCUAACGAUCGAUGUGUGCUCAAGACCGAUUACGAACAUCUUCUAGUAGUGGUCGCACCUCUCGUAUUUAUGAUUAUGUUCAAUGUAUCCAAGUGUGUAUGUAUGCACUUAAGCUAGUAUUUAUGUAUUUUGUGUUAUUAUUUCUAGCUAGAACAUUUAUUUCUUGUUGAGUACUUGUAUUAAUGUUGUAGCUUUUUUAUUUUUCUGAGUUAGCUGGAUGAGUGUUUUUAUGUGGAGCUUAAUUAUUAGUUGUUUAAACAAAGGGGGAAUUAAACUCA